AUGUACCAACACGGCAGAAAGAGUCUUCGCUUUCCCCCUUCUGUUACAUCUAAAUUUGCAGAGCUUGAUGAAAGGUAAAUACUGUAUGAUCAUAAUAAUCAAUGGGGGGGAAUCUUGUGCUUAUUUUCUAUUGUUGAUGUUUUGUUUUAACAAAUUCACAUGUUAACCUCUAAACUGCUGUGAGAAUUAGCCUGACCAUUUUGUUUUUUGUGUUUUUCUUUAAAAGCUUUAGACGUACCUUUGUCAGCUAUGGAAUAGAACAUAAGAUUCCCGAAGCACCAUACUAUAUUCGGGUGACUCCAACAAAAACCAACAAACUGAAGACGUCUGCUCGGCUACCUAGGUAAGCGUAUCAUGAGACACAGAAUAACUGACCACAAUGCUAUUAGGACAUCCAAAUGAAACUGCAGUGUCCUCAGUAAGCCAAUACCCUCACUGGCUGUCUGUCUACACAGAAAACCAAUGAGAGUAGAACCACAGAUAUAGAAAUAUGUCACUGCUCUUUCUGAACCAACAUCACAAAUCAGUGGGGAGUGCUACGGCAACGUAACUUACUAAGCAUUACCUAAUUUCCAUAAGGAAUGCAUUUUAAAAUAAACAAAAGCUUUUAUUGUACAAAAGAAACUAUUUACUCAAAUUGGAGUAUCCAGAAUGUAUUAUAUGAAAUAUAAAUGAUCUGAUAGUGUCACCAUAAGUUGUGCGAUGACUGACAGAUACAAAGUGAUAGGGUAGCUGACGGACCAAAGUGAGAGGAUAGCUGAAAAGGAAUUCUAGAGGUGACAAAAUGGGCUGAUGGAUGGAGAGGGAGGACAUGACACAAUUGCUACAACCUUAUUUUAGAGGAUAUAUUUUUGUCAGACUUCUACAGAGAGCUAAUUGGACAGCGGCUGCAGGUAUCAUAUUAGAUAGAGUUAUUAGAAGAUGGAGGUCAGAGUUCAAUAGAGAUUACAAUAAAGGAUGGUUUGUUAAUGGGCAUCAUUUCUAUAACUAGCCUAGCUUUUCUGUAGAUUCAAUAGUUUUAUCAUGAAAAGAAUUGGAGUAAUAUAAGGGUUAAAAUCCUUAAAAUGUGAAUAUGAGUUUCAUCUUUUAGUUAUUCUUCAUAACAGAUGAGAUGAAAAAUGUAUUAAAAAAUGAAUGUGUGUAGCUAGCCCAUUUGUAGUGAUUGAAAUAAAAUAAGCAGACAUGGUAUACGGGGUGCAAAAAAAAAAAAGUUAAAUAUUUAGGAAUUAAUAAAGGUUUUUGAGGCACCAGACAGCACCAACCAGGGAUUAAAUGCAGGAUGAAAUUAGUCCAGACAUUUCACACGUCUUACACAUCAAAGUGAAUUAGUUGACCAUUACAAUACAACUCAAAUAAUAAUAAUGCAUAAUAUAUAAUGGCUUAUUUUAUCAUCUCCUAAACACACUUGGUUAUUCCAAAAAUAAGACAUCGAAUGUGUGAAAUAUGAAAGCUCACUAAUCACUUUUUCUUUCCUAAAUAGGCUACCUCUUAAAGCUGAGCCCCAGAUAUUGCCCCAGAUAUCAUCUAAUCUGGAUGUUUGUCCAGAUCCCGAGAAGGGUAAGAAAUGGGAGCCACGGAAGCAGAAAGGUGGGCUUGUGGAAGUAACUCUAAAAAGUUACCAAGAAGGCAUAAAGAGACUUCGCUUUCCCCCUUCUGUUACAUCUAAAUUUGCAGAGCUUGAUGAAAGGUAAAUACUGUAUUAUCACAUUAAUUAAAGGAGGAGAAAUCUUUUGCUUUUUUUUCUAUUGUUGAUAUUUUGUUUUAACAAAGUUACAAUUUAACCUCUACGCUGGUUGCUGUAAGAAUUAGACUGACCAUUUUGUGUUUUGUGUUUUUCUUUAAAACCUUUAGACAUACCUUUGUCAGCUUUGGAAAACAGGAUAAGAUUCCCGAAGUACCAUACUAUAUUCGGGUGACUCCAACAAGAACCAACAAACUGAAGACGUCUGCUCGGCUACCUGGGUAAGUGUAUCAUGAGACACGGAAUGAUUGACCACAAUGCUAUUAGGACAUCCAAAUGAAACUGCAGUGUCCUCAGUAAGCCAAUACCCUGGUUCCCUCACUGGCUGACUGUGUACACAGAAAACCAAUGAGAGAAAAACCACAGAUAGAGAAAGAUGUCAAUGCUCUUUCCGAACCAACAUCACAAUUCAGUGGGGAGUGCUACAGCAACAUAACUUACUAAGCAUUACCUAAUUUCCAUAAGGAAUGCAUUUCAAAAUAUACAGAAGCUUGUAUAGUACAAAAUAAACUACUGAAAUUGCGGUAACCAGAAUCGAAUAUAUGAAACAUAAAUGAUCUGAUAGUGUCACUAUAAGCUGUCACAAGUCUAGAAGACAUUCUUUGUCAUACGUCUACAGAGAGGUAAGUGGACAGUGGCUGCAGGUAACCUAUUAGAUAGGGUUAUUAGAAGAUGGAGGUCAGAGAUGGGUCACAAUAUAACCAAAAUACUAAUGACUUAUUUUAUCAUAUCCUAAACACACUCAGUUAUUCCAGAAACAAAACAUCCAAUGUGUGAAAUAUGAAACUUCACUAAUCACUUUUUCUUUCCUAAAUAGGCUACCUCUUAAAGCUGAGCCCCAGCUAUUGCCCCAGGUAUCACCUAAUCUGGACGUUUGUCUAGAUCCUGAGAAGGGUAAGAAAUGUGAGCCAUCAAAACAGAAAGGUGGGCUUGUUGAAGACAUUCUAAAAAGUUACCAACAAGGCAUAGAAAGACUUCGCUUUCCCCCUUCUGUUACAUCUAAAUUUGCAGAGCUUGAUGAAAGGUAAAUACUGUAUUAUCAAAUUAAUCAAUGGAGGGAAUCUUGUGCAUUUUUCUAUGGUUGAUAUUUUGUUUUAACAAAUUUAAAUUUUAACCUCUACGAUGGGUGAUAUAAGAAGUAGACUGACCAUUGUGUGUUUUGUGUUUUUCUUUAAAACCUUUAGACAUACCUAUGUCAGUUUUGGGAAACAGGAUAAGAUUCCCGAAGUACCAUACUAUAUUCUGGUGACUCCAACAAAAACAAACAAACUAAAGAAGUCUGCUCGGCUACCUGGGUAAGUGUAUCAUGAGACACAGAAUAACUGACCACAAUGCUAUUAGGACAUCCAAAUGAAACUGCAGUGUCCUCAGUAAGCCAAUACCCUGGUUCCCUCACUGGCUGUCUGUGUCCACAGAAAACCAAUGAGAGAAAAAACACAGACAGAGAAACAUGCCAAUUCUCUUUCUGAACCAACAUCACAAUUCAGUGGGGAGUGCUACAGCAACGUAACUUACUAAGCAUUACCUAAUUUCCAUAAGGAAUGCAUUUCAAAAUAAACAGAAGCUUUUAUGGUACAAAAGAAACUAUUUGCUGAAAUUACUGUAUCCAGAAUGUAUUAUAUGAAACAUAAAUGAUCUGAUAAUGUCCCUUUAAGCUGUCACAAGUCUAGAGGACAUUCUUUUUCAUACGUAUAUAGAGAGGUAAGUGGACAGCGGCUGCAGGUAUCAUAUUAGAUAGGGUUAUUGGAAGAUGGAGGUCAGAGUUCAAUAGAGAUUAGAAUAAAGGAUGGUGUGUUCAUGGGCAUUACCUCUAUAAAUAACAUAGCUUUCCUGUAGAUGUAUUAGUUUCAUCAAAUGUGUGAAAUAUGAAAGUUCACUAAUCACUUUUUCAUUCUUAAAUAGGCUACCUCUUAAAGCUGAGCCCCAGAUAUUGCCCCAGAUAUCACCUAAUCUGGAUGUUUGUCCAAAUCCCGAGAAGGGUAAGAAAGGGGAGCCAUUGAAACAGAAUGGUGGAUUUGUGGAAGUAACUCUAAAAAGUUGCCAGCAAGGCACAAAGAGACUUCGCUUUCCCCCUUCUGAUACAUCUAAGUUUGCAGAGCUUGAUGAAAGGUAAAUCCUGUAUUAUCACAUUAAUCAAGGGGGGCCGGGGGGAAGGGGAGAUUUUGUGCUUUUUCUAUUGUUGUUUGUUUCAACAAACAGAUUUUAACCUCUAUGCUGAGUGCUGUAAUAAUUAGCCUGACCUUUUUGUUUUCUUUAUGUUUUUCUUAGACAUAAUAACUAUGUCGGAUAUGGAAAAGAGGAGAAGAUUCCCGAAGUACCAUACUAUAUUCGGGUGACUCCAACAAAAACCAGCAAACUAAUGACAUAUGCUUGGCCACCUAGGUAAGUGUAUUAUGAAACACAGAAUGGAAGACCCUAUACAUAAACAUAUACAAAUAAAACUGCAGUGUCCUCAGUACAUCAAUACCCGGGUUCUCUCACUGGCUGUCUGUGUACAAAGAAAACCAGUGAGAGAAGAACCACAGAGCAAGUUGUCAAUGCUGUAUCUGAACCAACAUCACAAAUCAGUGGGGAGUUCUACGGCAACAUGACUUUCCAGGCAUUACCUAAUUUCCAUAAGAUAUGCAUUUUUAAAUAAACUGAAGCUUUAAGGGUAAAAAAAAAUAAACUAUUUAAAUUACUGUAACAAGAAUGUAAUGUAUGAAACAUAAAUGAUCUGAUAGUGUCAAUGCAAGCUGUGCAAUAAUGACUGAUAGAUAAUGAGUGUAAGGGUAGCCGACGGACCGAAAGUGAGAGGAAAGCUAAAGAGGAAUAAAAAAAGUGACAAAAUGGUCUGAUGGAUGGAAAGGGAGGAAAGGAUAGAAUUGUUACAACUUUAUUUUAACUUUACCUAUUUUAAUUGCAGGGACCCAAUCUUUUCUUCUAAGUUAAAACCUGCAUUACUUCCAAAACAAUUGAUAACAACCAAAAAGGCUUCAAGCGUCCCAGAAAAGGAAGUAGACAAAAAAGAACCAGAAAAGGAAACAAAUUAUUGUGCAGAGUAUUAUAAGCAGAAUAUUAUUCUACAGCCUGAAACUGUCACAAGUCUAGAAGAUAUUCCUUGUCCUUUGCUGCAGUCUGUGUCUCUAGAGCCUACAGCGGUUGUCACAUGUUUAGAAAACAACAAUUCUCUAGAAUGCCCUGUUUGCACUAUCGAACCUCAUACAAAUAGAUUGACAGAGGAUAUGCCAGUGAACCUUAGUCACCCACAGUCCACUUUCACUUGUUCAACAAACACUACAAAUCUAGAUUCACAGAACCCAGUCACAGGUCAUUGUCAUUUGCUGCAGUCUAUGUCUCUAGAGCCUACAAAAGUUGUCAUGUGUUUAGAAGACAACAAUUCUCUAGAAUUCCCUGACUGUACGAUCGAACUUCAUACAAGUGGAUUCACAGAGGAAGUGCCAGUGAAUCCUGGUCAGUCACAUUUCAAUUUGGGUUGUCAUCCUGAGUCUACAAAUCUAGAAUCUCGGGAGGCUGUCACAGUUCAAGAACAGGGUAUUCUUCUAGAGGACCCAGUGUGUCCUGCCAAACCACAUACUGGUGAAAUGUUAGAGGAGCUGCCAGUAAAAUCUGCCACUGUAAUUUAUCACUCUGAGACAACUUUGGAUUCUCCCAUCAUUCAGCCAGAGGAGUUAGUUCUAAUCAAGCAAGAGACCGCCCCUGAGCAGAAGCAAAUUGAGAGAAAGAAUAAUCAGCCUGCAUCAUAUAGAAGCCUGAGCAGUGACCAUGAAGAGCAAGGAUUGCCAGAAACAGAAGAAAAAGAACCACCUGGUAAGGCUGAUGUGGUUCCAAAGCCAAUUACAGAAAGCCAAGACCUUGCAGUACCUUCACCCCAAGAUAAGUUUAAUAUGAAAGCAAAGGUUGAAAGGGUAUGCUACGACAGGAAUUUCUUACUACAAUUCAAAUCGAUCACGCAGGAACCAAAGGACUUCUCUGAAAUCUGUAAAAUCCACCAAGGCAUGGUUAUUAGACCUCACCUUCGGCAACGAUUGACUCGCAGGAAUUGGACACCUCAAUCUGCAAAUUCCUGCCACCCUGCUAAGGGAAAUAACAGAUUGCCAUCUGGAAUGGGUCAAAUGAGGUCUCAGCAAGCUCCUGCUAAAGAACCUCAUAAGGUUAUUCACCUCAGCGAGAAUGUUAAACUGCAAACAUCUGCCAAAGCUUGGAGACCUCCCAUGAAAAGAGCAAACGAAGAUCCCAGUAGAGUCAAGGCUGAAGAACUGUUUCGGAGAGUUCGCGGUAUCCUGAAUAAGAUAACUCCUCAGACAUUCGAGCACUUAAUCCAUCAGGUGAAGGACCUCUCCGUUAGCACAGAGUAUCAGCUUAAAGGUAUUGCUGAACUCAUAUUUGAAAAAGCAGUAGCAGAGCCUCAUUUUGCAGUUAUAUAUGCAAACAUGUGCAACUGGCUAAAGAUGCUUGAAGUCCCAACUGAAGAAAAUCGUGAAGUGUGCAUUACGUUCCGCAGGCUGCUGAUAAGGCUCUGCCAGGUGGAGUUUGAGAGAGGUGAAAAGGGUGGUGAAAGAAUUGAAGAACUAAAGAAAGAACUGGACGCUGCCAAAUCACCUAAUGAAAAGACUCGACUGAAUGAGGAAUUCAAUGAUGCAUGUAAUAGAGCACGCAGGCGAUCCCUUGGAAACAUCAAAUUUAUUGGAGAGCUAUUUAAAUUAAAGUUGCUAUCAGAAGACUCCAUGAAAGACUGUCUUCUUAAGCUACUGAAGAAGAACAACGAGGAGUCCAUGGAGUGCAUCUGCCAAUUGUUGAUAUCAGUUGGAAAAUACCUUGAAGAUGGACACUCUGGCAUGGACAGUUAUAUUAACAAGAUUAAUAUCUUUAUUAAAAGCAAGACAACAUCAUCUAGGAUUAGGUUUUUGGUGCAGGAUGUGCUGGAUCUGAGGAGAAACAAAUGGGUACCGCGACACAAACCCGAGGGGCCAAAAACAAUUGAUCAAAUUCAUAAAGAGGCAGAACAGGAAUCAAGAAAAAAAAGUGCAGUGAACUAA